UUUUUUGAAAAGGGCUUAACUGAAGGUUGUUAAUUACCUAUGUACAAUUGAAUAAUGAGUUGUGCAAUAUACCUAUGCUCACAUAGCAGGUACCGAUCCGCUAUCCGGUCCUUGGAGGAGUACAUAACCGACCAGCCGAGAUUUGCAUAAAUACCUGUACAUAACUCCGAGAUAACUUUCAGGUAGGUACGCCUCCCACGCGUCUAUGUACUGUAACACCAGCCAGCUAACCAAUCUAACCAAUCUAACCAAUUUCAGAGUCCAUUGACCCAUCAUCUUAGGUGAGCUCACCCAAUAAUCCCCACAGCAUCCUGAUAAAUGAAUUAGGGAUUCCCUGAUUCGCUAGAACCUGAUAGGAUUCGGGCGGCCGUGUACUCCGCAGACCGCUAGCUCCGAAAUUUCUAGGGAAGAAGACAGUUCAACUUAAAGAAAUCAACCACCAAUACAAUUUCACAAGCCUUCUUAUCCCCCAACUUUCCAAAGUUCCUCUCAACAAUCCCCGAACUCCGUUCCCGGGUGUGCCUUCAUCUCGACUCGAAAGUCCAGAUCGCAUCAUUGUGUCUGCAUAACAAGUUAUUGCUAUUGUCAUUGCCGAUUUUCUUCCUUUAUCCUCAAAGAUCUAGACAACAAAUUCAAAAUGGCGGACAAGGAAUAUACAUACCAGGAUGUUGCCGAGCACAACACCAAGAAAGAUCUUUUUGUUGUUAUCCACGAUAAGAUCUACGAUUGUACAAAAUUCGUCGACGAACAUCCCGGUGGUGAAGAGGUUAUGUUAGAUGUCGGUGGCCAAGAUGCGACAGAGGCUUUCGAAGAUGUCGGCCACAGCGACGAAGCGCGAGAAACCCUAGAGCAACUCCUCGUCGGUACUCUUAAGCGAAAUCCCGGUGACCCGUCCCCCAAGGCCCAACAGUCCUCCCUUGCGCCUGCUGCUAACACAAGCUCUGCUGGUAUGGGAACUGCUUUAUACGCUAUUAUCUUCAUUGGAGGUAUACUCGGUUUCGGUGCUUUCCAAUACUUCCAGUCGCAGCAAGGCAAGGAGGCUUAGACGGAUUCGUAUAUUCGGCAGGAAAUGUUUGGGAGAUUAAGAGCGUACAGCAUGAUUCAAGCGAUGGACGAUCGAUAUCCUCUCGGCAAUGUAUUUGAUGAAUACCUAAUAGAUCGGGCUAUUUGGUUCUUCAUAACGUAUUAAUCCAUGUCCCAUCAUCAUCAGACUACUUGGUUAAUUGAGAGCCAGGAAGUCAGGUGAAGAAAUGGUUAUUCAACUUUAGUAGAGCUGGCUAGCUAGGAGAUAGUGGUCACUUUAAUAAGAGGCAGUUUUAAUAAACCCGAUGAUUUAAUUAUUGGCCACACGUGCUUAGUACAUUUUCCAAUAAUACUAUUUUCAGCAUUUAAUGCCCUGAGUUUACGAAAGGUUUGUUGUAUCGAACUUUUUUAUUUUUUAUUUUUUUAUUUUUUAU